GCCUCCCCCUUCUUACGGGAGGUUUCACGAAUGUCUGUCAAGGCACCUGACCAACAGCUUAGCUACCGGGUGAAACCCUGGUCCACAGGCUCUUGUUUUAAGGAUGAGGUGAGGCGGACCCUCUUCUUUGUCUGAUAAACCCCUUGUUCUUCAAGAUCCAUCUGCUAUGCCAGGGCAUCAUUUGAAAUGUGUCCCUCCUCCUGCCUCCCCCAGGGUCCCCCAGCCCUUGCUUCUUAUCUCUGCCCCCAGAGCCCUUAUCUCACUAUAUUUCAACUGCUUGUUAUGCAGACCCGGCUCUUCCCACGAGCUUCUGUGGGCGCUCAGGUCUGUGUCUGCAGGUCUGCGGCACAGAGAACGCUUAUAUCUGUUGCGCCGGAGAGAAGGACAGUGUGCCCACCCUUCUUGCCCUGGAUACCAGCAUGGGCACAGCUCUUGCUCUCUCCCAGUGUCUGCCAUCCCUGCCUGCCCCUGGGCUCUUGGUCUGUGCCCACAGAGCUCUGCCUGGCCCCCACGCCCACAUUACCUCUGGUGCCCACAUUCCUGCAACCCUGUGACCACAACAGGGGACAUUACACAUUCCUGGCCUAGCAGCCAACGGUGUCAAAAAGAACAGAAUGUCCUAGGACCUGGCCCAGCCCCCCUGCUUCACCUGGGCCCCUCCCAGGCCUGGACAGGGCCAGGUAGGUGGGGUGAAGAGUUCAGAGGGAAGAGGAUGGGGAAGAAUACCGUGGGGCCAGCAGGUGCUCCCAGUUUUAGGGGGACCCCUUCUCCUUUUCCUCUGGGAUCCUGGCUGUGAGGCUGACCUGGGAUGAUCUUGAGAGACCCAAAUCAGAAGAGAUCUUAGUUUCUGGAAGUCCACUUAAGUUUCUUUCCCCUGGCUAUCUUGCCUGACAGGAGAGUCCCUUUGGCUCCCUCCUUUUCCUCCUCCUCCGUCCUCCCUCAGCUCUUUGCCCAGUCCUCCAGUCUGUCUCUCUUUCCACCUUCCUUGUUCUGGUGUCCCCACCUAAACACCGUCAUCCUCCUUCCGCUUUUGCCUUCCUGGCUUUUGUGUGUAGAAUUCUUCCUCCCCUCUCAGGUUCUCUAAACCUCACAAGUCUCUGUCCCUGGUCUCCUUGCCAGUCAGUUCCCCCACCAAUCGCUGACCCAAACUCUUCAGCAGGUCCCCGAUUCACCUGUACCCAAGAGCCCUCCCACCCGGGAGAGCUCCCAGGUCAGACUCCUCCUCCGACCCUCCCCCUGCCAAGCUCACCUUUAAUUGAGAUGCUAAUGAGGCUUCUGCGGCUCCCAUCCUUGGCUGUCGGGCGGGCUCCAGGGCCAGGCACUGCACCUGUCAGGGCUCCAUGAAGGGCGACAAGUGCAAGGGACAAGACCCUUGUCCUCUUCAGUCCAUGCAAGAGCUGGGGAAGGGAGACAAGCGCGAAGAGCAGGGGCUGGGCCCCGAACCCUCAGCGCCCCCACAGCCCAGCGAGGAGGAGGAGGCGCUGAUCGAGUUCCACCGCUCCUACCGAGAGCUCUUCCAGUUCUUCUGCAACAACACCACCAUCCACGGCGCCAUCCGCCUGGUAUGCUCCAAGCACAACCGCAUGAAGACGGCCUUCUGGGCAGUGCUGUGGCUCUGCACCUUCGGCGUCAUGUACUGGCAGUUCGCCUUGCUGUUCGAAGAGUACUUCAGCUACCCCGUCAGCCUCAACAUCAACCUCAAUUCAGACAAGCUGGUCUUCCCUGCCGUCACCGUCUGCACCCUUAAUCCCUACAGAUACACUGAAAUUAAAGAGGAGCUGGAAGAACUGGACCGCAUCACGGAACAGACGCUCUUUGACCUAUACAAAUAUAACUACUCCUACACUGUCAAGGCUGGGGCCCACCGUCGCAGCACCCGCAACCUCAGGAGUGCUCUUCCGUACCCCUUGCAGCGAAUAUACACACCGCCUCCGCCCAACCCAGCCCGCUCCGCACGCAGCUCGUCUUCCAGUGUGCGCGACAACAACCCCCAAGUGGACAGGAAGGACUGGAAGAUCGGCUUCCAACUGUGCAACCAGAACAAAUCAGACUGCUUCUACCAGACGUACUCAUCCGGGGUGGAUGCAGUGAGGGAGUGGUACCGCUUCCAUUACAUCAACAUUCUGUCCAGACUGCCUGACACCUUGCCAUCCCUAGAGGAAGAAGCCUUGGGCAACUUCAUCUUCACUUGCCGCUUCAACCAGGCCCCCUGCGACCAGGCGAAUUACUCUCGCUUCCACCACCCCAUGUACGGGAACUGCUACACUUUCAACAACAAGAACAACUCCGAUCUCUGGAUGUCCUCCAUGCCUGGAGUCAACAAUGGUCUGUCUCUGACACUGCGCACAGAACAGAAUGACUUCAUCCCCCUGCUGUCCACGGUGACAGGGGCCAGGGUGAUGGUGCAUGGGCAGGAUGAGCCUGCCUUUAUGGAUGACGGUGGCUUCAACGUGCGGCCUGGUGUGGAGACCUCCAUCAGCAUGAGGAAGGAAGCCCUGGACAGCCUUGGAGGUAACUAUGGUGACUGUACCGAGAAUGGCAGUGAUGUCCCUGUCAAGAACCUUUACCCUUCCAAGUACACACAGCAGGUCUGCAUCCACUCCUGCUUCCAGGAGAACAUGAUCAAGGAGUGUGGCUGUGCCUACAUCUUCUACCCUAAGCCCAAGGAUGUGGAGUUCUGUGACUACCGGAAGCAGAGCUCCUGGGGAUACUGCUACUACAAGCUGCAGGGCGCCUUCUCCUUGGACAGCCUGGGCUGUUUCUCCAAGUGUCGGAAGCCGUGCAGUGUGACCAAUUACAAGCUCUCUGCUGGCUACUCACGAUGGCCGUCUGUGAAGUCCCAGGAUUGGAUCUUCCAGAUGCUGUCCUUGCAGAACAAUUACACAAUCAGCAACAAAAGAAAUGGAGUUGCUAAACUCAACAUCUACUUCAAGGAACUGAACUAUAAAACAAAUUCGGAGUCUCCCUCUGUCACGAUGGUCAGCCUCCUGUCCAACCUGGGCAGCCAGUGGAGCCUGUGGUUUGGCUCCUCUGUGCUGUCCGUGGUGGAGAUGGCAGAGCUCAUCUUCGACCUUCUGGUCAUCACAGUCCUCAUGCUGCUGCACAGGUUUCGAAGCCGGUACUGGUCUCCAGGACGAGGGGCCCGGGGUGCCAGGGAAGUGGCCUCCACCCCAGCUUCCUCCUUCCCCUCCCGUUUCUGUCCCCACCCUACAUCUCCAUUGCCCUCUUUGCCCCAGCAGGGCACAACCCCUUCCCCGGCCCUGACGGCCCCACCGCCUGCAUAUGCCACCCUAGGCCCCCGUGCCCAUCCGCUGGACUCCGCAGUGCCUGGCCCUUCUGCCUGUGCUCUGGGGGAACGCUGAGAGAGCAGGAUGCUUCUCUCACCCAGGCCAGUGCCCCGGGGUAAACUGAAGACCAUCUCCUCUUCAGUGGCACCGUCCACAGCUGCCCAACUGUCUUUGGUGUGCCUGAGGGAGUGGGCUAAGUAAGGGGCCCAGAAAGCUGUCCAGAGAAGGGUGUCUGAUGAGCUGCUGCUCUGAGCUGCCGGGCUCCUUUUUCUGAACACUGCUUUCCGCACAAGCUCAGACAAGUCUCCUUUUCCCUUGGAUCAGCCAAGCCAGACUUGGAGCUUUGACAAGGAGCUUUCCUGGGAAGCGACCAAGGAACAACUAUAAACAAGGCGCAGAAAAGCAGCCACAGGUUUCCUACCCCGUGACCAGAGAUUGGCCUGGCCUCACCGCCUUCAGAGACACAGAUGGCUGCUCCCCCUCUUGAACUUGGGUGGGGAACCCCACCCAAAAGCCCCCUUUGUUAGCUCUUUGGCAAUUCCCCUUUCCCGACUCCCCUCUGGGGGCUAGAGUUAGACAAGUAUAGUAAAGGUUUGACCAUUCGCCUUCA